CCUCCCCAAUGUCUUGGAUGAUAUGAUGCCAACAUCCGGCGAAUGUCCAAGUAUAAAACGCUAACCAUAGCCCUAUCGAACAACCUCAGCGAUGGCCCUGCAUCUAUUUUCGUAUAAAGCCAGACGGAACCUCCGCAUUGACACGAUUUCCACAUUUAACCCGUUACCCCAAACCUGACCCGACGGCUGUCAUCCAAAUCCAACAGCGUCUUCGCCAAACACUAUCGACAUCUGGCUUGCCGUCGCAUAUAUCCAAUACCCGAGAAGCCGACAAAAUGCGCGACCUACGGAAGAAGAUUCUGCUAGAGAGUGGGAAGACGCUCUCGCGCAAGGCGCGGACAAAGCAAGGGUUGGCGGACUACACGCCAGCCCAUUCUUCUAACAAUUCGCGCGCUACCUCGCAAACCAGUUCGCGCGCUCCAAGCCGCUAUGCGUCGGAGGAAGAAGACGGCGCCAGUGAUUCCGAGGACGACGAUGCCAGCACGCGUUCCGACGACCCGUUAGACAGCGAUCAUGGUACUGCUUGGACGGAACGGCUGCAAUCCCGGGUGGACGAAUUAAAGACUCGCAAACGCAGUGUACAGGACCGCGAAGACACGUUGAUAGGCUAUAUCGAGCUUUUGCGCCGUCACUUUGUUCCCGAAGAAUAUAUGAGUGACUACAUUUCAGACAUCAUCCCGGCCCUCUUGAGGGGCGUCACCGCCGGCGGCAGCACGGGAGAGCGUUUGCUCGCUGUGAGAGCGAUCACUGUUACGGCCCUUACCUACCCGUCGGAAACGGUAUUCGACCAUGUCUUCCAGACUUUGAAAGGAUUGUGUCAGGAUGAGGAAGAAGAGAAGGUGAAAGUCGAGGCAAUCCAUGCGCUGAGCAUCUCGGUCCUCUACGGAGGCGGCUCUACGACUGAUUAUGACGAUGUCUUGGACUUUUUCAUGACCAUCGUCGAGAGCGAUGGCGUCGCGGCAGAGGCAGAGGACAGUGGGCCUGUGGUGACGGCAGCACUCCAGGCAUGGGCUCUCGUUGCGACUUACGUCGAGGAUCUGACAGAACAGAGCGAGCAAGCAAUGGACGUGUUUAUGGAACAGCUGGACAGCACCGAUGUAAGCGUUCAGACAAGCGCCGGAUCCAACAUCGCGCUUCUAUUCGAAGCAGCGCGUGAUUAUGAGGAGGAAACCGGGACGCCGAUGAAUCUUCAGUAUGACCAUCACAAGAUUUCGGCACGCAUGUCGGAAGCCGUUCGAAUGUCACCAAAGAGCGUCUCGAGGAAAGACCGGAAACACCUGCGGUCGAGUUUCUUGAGCAUUUCCACGUCGCUUGAGCGAGGCUUGGGACCGGGAUACUCGACGGCCGGUCGAGGAGGAGUCAACCCUCACACUGGCGGGCGGAAGAUGGAUGGGGCGAGCGAAUUCCAGGAGUUUGGAUAUCGGGAGAAAGUCCGUGUGCACGACCAGUUCAUUACCAUUGACACCUGGGCUCUUCAGACAAGAGUACAAGCCCUCAAAACGCACCUUCGGUCUGGGUUUGGCGUACAUUUCCUGGAGAACCCGUUGGUUCAGGAGAUGCUUGAGUCGGCCCAGGUGCAACAGGUUUUGGGCCCAGGUGCAGCGAAGAGGCUUAGAAACGCUGGGGAAAGCUUGCCUGAAGAGAGCGAUGAGCCUGUUAAAGAUUCUACUGAGGGUACCGGGGAUGCCUAAGACUUCCGUGAUCGAGCAGGGCAUCUCUAUGUAAUUAGCGGAGAUUCUGGUGCGGCCGGCUUGACAUUUGGAUGAGCACAGUUCCAGCAUCAUUUUCUUUUUUCAAUGUUUUUCUGUUUGCCGGUCUGCUUCAUCUUGAUUCAGUCAGUCACACUUGGAGUUCGGGUGCGCGAAGGCAUUGCAUCGGACCAGCGGAAACACGGCGGCGUUGUGCAAGGGGCCUGCACUACCAUAGCAGAAUUCUGUCCAGAUUUGUUUCCCGAUCCUAGCACUUACGCUUACGAUGU